CACGGGGAUAACUCUGUGACAAUCAAGAUGCGCAUUUUAUUACAGCUACAUUGUUCACCAGCGCUCAACGGUUUUCGUAUCACAACUUUUUCUCUGUGUUUACAAGCUAUACACGUCAAGGUUAAACGGAAACCAGGAUGUAAAUUUACAACUAGUCCCUAGUUUCCAUUGGACCUUUUAGACCCACUUCCCUGGGAGAAGAAAAUUUGGAUCCACGCCUAUAGCUAUCACUUCAAGGUAUCAACCUCUGACCCCUCGUCCAAGAAAUAGAAUCGUCCGUUCCGGAAGCGAUCCGAAACGAUCAUUGCGAACAGGGAAAGUUGAUGAUCAGAGAAGGUAAACAGAUUGGAGUGUUUAUUUGGGUUAUUUUUCUAACUCUAUCUAGUGAUUGCACCGGCAUAAACUGUUAAUCAGGCGUUGAUUGCAAUUAGGUUACAGUCACAUCGUGUAAAGCUCUGCAACAGGGAGCGACAAAGGGAAAAUUAGCACCAGUGCAAGAUGCCAUACACUACGAAAACGACCCGAACCAUUCGCACGUUUUACUCAGAUGGGCGUGGCCCUCCCCGAGUGGAAACCAAGACGUACUCUUAUGGAGAUGACAGUGGCGGGGGUACGUCGGUGAACGGGGGCAUUAAUAUCGGCGGGGGCGGUGGACGCUACCAGAUCCGUAUUGGCAGGGGUGGGGAAGACGGCUCCGAUCAGCCGAGCUUUAGUGUCCCCGCAUUCUCCCAAAGGCCCCAGGUGCUCGGGAGGGCCACUAGGAAGGAGAAGAAGGACCCAUUCUCAGGUGUCAUUAAUCAGAGCUAUGAUGAAAUUAAGAAGAAAUGUCUGGAAGAGGGGAUCUUGUUCGAGGACCCAGAGUUCGAAGCCGAGGAUUCGUCAAUCUUUUUCAGCAGAGCACCCCCUCGUCCAUUUGAAUGGAAGAGACCACAUGAGAUUUGUGAUAACCCAGUCUUCAUUGCCGAUGGAGCCAGCAGAUUCGAUGUGCAGCAGGGAGAACUGGGUGAUUGUUGGCUGCUGGCUGCUAUCGCCUCUUUGACAGUGAACCAACGUCUGUUUGCCAAGGUUGUUCCACCAGAUCAGAGUUUUCAGGAUGGCUACUGCGGAAUGUUCCGUUUCCACUUCUGGCGACAGGGAGAGUGGGUGGAAGUGGUGGUGGAUGACCGGCUUCCUACUUACUAUGGCCAGCUGACCUUCAUGCACUCUGUGGACAAGAAUGAAUUCUGGAGUGCACUGCUGGAAAAGGCUUAUGCAAAAUUGGAAGGCUCUUAUGAAUCAUUGAAAGGAGGCAGUACCUGCGAGGCUAUGGUUGACUUCACAGGAGGAGUGUCAGAAUUCUUUGAUUUAAAAAAGGCUCCCCCAAAUAUGUUCAGCAUCAUGUUGAAGGCUAGCCAAAGAGGGUCUCUGAUGGGAUGUUCCAUUGAUGCUGACCCCAAUGAGUUGGAAGCACGAGUGGAUAAUGGACUGGUGAUGGGCCAUGCCUACAGCAUCACGUCUGUCAUUCUGAUGGACAUUGAAACCCCAAGCAUGUCUGGGAAGAUUCCCAUGGUUAGAAUUCGAAAUCCCUGGGGUAACGAGGCAGAAUGGAAGGGCAGGUGGAGUGAUCAGUCAAGGGAGUGGUCAUUAAUUCCAGACUCCCAGAAAAAAGCCAUUGGUCUGACAUUCGAUGAUGAUGGAGAAUUCUGGAUGUCUUUUGAUGACUUCAGAGGCAAUUUUGAGAAGUUGGAAAUCUGCAACUUGGGCCCUGAUUCAUUGGAGGAAGAUGAGUUAGAUGGAAAGAAACGCUGGGAGGGGCACACAGAAAAUGGGGAGUGGAUCCCAAGAGUGAAUGCGGGUGGAUGUAGAAAUUAUCUAGACACAUUCUGGACAAAUCCUCAAUAUCGUGUGACCUUGACUGACCCUGAUGAUGACGAUGAUGAUGAUCUUUGCACCAUGCUAGUUGGUAUUCUUCAGAAGGACAGGAGGAAAAAACGCAAGGAAGGACUGGACAUGCUGACCAUAGGAUAUGUCAUUUAUAAGAUACCAGAUGGAACUGGGGAGGGUCCUCUGCCUCAGAAUUUUUUCAAGUACAAUGCCUCAUGCGCCAAGUCUAAUAACUUCAUCAACAUGCGAGAGGUGUGCACACGACACAAACUUCCCCCCGGACAGUACUGUAUCGUCCCAUCAACAUUCGAGCCACACCAUGCGGGGAAGUACCUCUUGAGAAUGUACACCGAGAUGCGAGCCCACACUCAUGAGAUGGAUGAAGAGACGGGAAUUAUCGAAGACCAGGGACCAUAUGAAAGUAUGAAGAUACUUACACCAUAUCAUGUUGUAAAUCGUCGAUUUUAUGGUACUGCCAUUAACCAUCAACAUGGGGAAUACUUUCAACCUGUACUAGUCCCCACCGUAGCUAGUGCCCCGCCCCCUGUGGGGAGGCAGGAGGCCCAUAGAAUACCUGGUGCCAGAGAAAUUCCGCCACCAACAGAAGAGGAACAAGAACAAGAGCAGGCACUGAAAGCCAGUUUCCGUCGCGUUGCAGGCGACGACAUGGAAAUUGAUGCAUAUGAACUGAGGGACAUCUUAAAUACUGUGUUCACAAGAGAUGGCAGUAUUGAGUUCAGCUUUGAUGGAUUCUCCCUGGAUACGUGCAGGAGUAUGGUUGCCAUGCAUGAUGGUGACCUCUCAGGAAAAUUGGGAUUCGAUGAAUUCAAGGUUCUGUGGCGAGAUUUAAGAAGAUGGAAGGGUGUAUUCAGAGAGUAUGACCGAGACAAGAGUGGAAAGCUGAGUUCCUACGAGUUGAGAUCAGCACUCCAUGCUAGUGGUUUCCGACUGAGCAACAGAACAUUCAGCGCCCUAGUGAUGAGGUACAGCAGCAAGGACGGAAAUGUCGAGUUCGGAGACUUCAUUCUGUGUGCCAUUAGAAUGAAGACUAUGCUCGCCUCAUUCAAGAACAUUGAUGAAGAGAAUUCGGGACAUGCUGCCUUUGAUCUGGAUGGUUUUAUCCAGACUGUGAUGUAUUCAUAAUCCCCCUGAAGUUUUCCACAGCCCACUGCUUUUCUGUUGCUGCUAGUAUAGACACUGAUAGCUCUCAGAGUUUUAGCCGAUGAACAAAGAUCUGCACAGGAUGAAAUGCUACAAAUCAAUGUGCCCUUGUAGAUCUCUUUUUCUGGGUAAUAUUAUGUAGAUUUCUUUAUCGGGGUGACAUUAUGGUGUAAGGGAUUACAAUUAAUUUCUGCUGAGUUGUUAUAUAUCCUGCUACAAACUGCUGAUUUUAAAUAGACCUGGUCCGUCGUAACAUUUCUGUGAUCGGUCUGUGUGAUUGACUUAAUUGAUAUUGUAAUAAUUGUAUACACAACAGCAGCAGAACAGUGCAAUAACUGUUUAUACCUCAAGAGUUUAAUAAGAUGUUAAUAGUGUGUUGAAUCUCCUCUUUGUGUACAAUGUCAGAUAUAUUAAUAUAUACAAUUGUUAAUUAUCUUUCUCUUUCCCCUUGAAAAUAUUUAAUAUGUUCUUAGAUCAUUUUGUGGCGGGAAGUUGGUUUUUUUUGUUUUUUGGUUUUUUUUGCUUAAUUUUUACACUUUUAUAUUUUUUCCUCAUCAUCCUAUUCUAAUUUCUGUACAUUAUACCAACCAUUUUAAAUUCUACAGUAACAGUUAUGAGCUUUGGAAUAUUUUCCCCUCAGGUUUUACAUAUUAAUGCUUCCUGCACUUGUUUAUUAAAUAUUUGUAAUAGAAUAUGUAUAAUAAGUGUACCUGUGGCUUAAUAUACAAUUGAUGAACAAUGUUUUUUCUUAUAUUUAGCAUUAAAUACAUUUUUCAUGGUGCUCAAUACCAUAUGCCUUGUUUUAAAUGCUGUAUACAAAUUUUCUGGAAUGUUCUUUUAUAAGUGUAUUUCAGCUGUUCAAUGAGAAAACCUAUACAGAUUUUUUUACUACUGGAUGCCUACAAUGAUAAUUUUUUAUACUCCCACUAUAUGUAUUUAUUUAGCAUGAUAUAUUUGAACCUAAUUUGUAGAUCUACGUGUCGUCAUUAUUACUUGUUAUAUACAACUGUACGUGUAUUAAAAUGUUGUCAGAAGUCCAGGACAUUUGGUUUUCUGUCGACUGUCCUAUGUGUGAUGGUCAGCCACUGUGUUGUAAUGCUCAUGUGUACUGUAGGACAAGAACAAAGUGGAAUAAACCAUUUGUCUGGAA